UAAUUUCUAGAGAGAGAAAGAGAUAGGAGAGAGAGAGAGAGAGAGAGAAAGGGUAGAUGUGAAAAUGGCGGGUUACGAGCAGCACGGCUCAGGUUCUUCGUCUCGCUAUGUUCAUCAGCUUCUUACACCAGACCUCCACUUGCAGCGUCCGCCGCCGCAGCAGCACAACCCUGCUACUACAGAUCAGGAGCUUGAUUCCAAGGACUCCCCGGCUGCAACCACCAGCUCCGGCGGAACCCCCAGCACCGGCCGCCGACCCCGCGGCCGCCCUCCGGGUUCAAAGAACAAAUCCAAGCCUCCGAUAAUCGUCACCCGAGACAGCCCCAAUGCUCUCCGGUCACACGUUCUCGAAGUCUCCUCCGGGAACGACGUCGUCGAGAGCGUUUCCGUGUACGCGAGGCAGAGGGGCCGUGGCGUCUGCGUGCUCAGCGGCGGCGGAACGGUGGCGAAUGUGACCCUCCGUCAGCCGGGUGCGCCGGCGGGUAGUGUGGUGACGCUGCACGGCCGAUUCGAGAUCCUGUCGCUUUCGGGGACGGUGCUUCCACCACCGGCGCCGCCUGGCUCCGGUGGGCUGUCGAUAUUCCUAUCUGGUGGGCAGGGGCAGGUGGUCGGAGGAAGUGUGGUGGGCCCGUUAAUGGCUUCCGGAGCGGUGGUUCUGAUGGCUGCUUCGUUUGCUAAUGCAGUGUUCGAGCGUUUGCCUCUAGAGGAAGAAGAAGGUACAAGUGCUGCUGCUCAGCCUCAACCAGCUGCAUCCCAGUCGUCUGAUGUCACCGCCGGCGGCGGCGGAGGCGGCCAUGUUAGCGAGACCGCCGGAAACGGCGGCGGCGGCGGCUCUCUCUUUAACUCAGGUAGUGGUAAUACGACGCCGCCUUCGGGAAAUUAUCCGUUUUCAGCAGAUUUGUUUUGUUUGGGAGGUGGAAAUUCAGCCAGGCCACCCUUUUGAUUGUUGGUUAACCUUAAAAAAUCCAGUAUUCUCACCUUCUGUUAUUUACAGUUUUGCCAUUAUAUUUUUGUGUGAAUUAAUUUCUUGGCUUUUGUUAUUAUUAUUAUAUUAGCAUAGAAAUGCAGGAAAAUGUGAAGGUGUAAUAUUGGUAGACUGGUGGCUUAGAUACAAUUUAAUUAAUCAAUCAAAGCAGCUUUUGUUAAA